ACUUCAGUAUCGAUCCGCACACCACUAUAUUCCCAUUAGCCUUUGACCACUGGGUGUCAUCCAAGCAACAAAAAUACGAGAGGAAACCAAGGCAAGACUGCAUGACUCAACAACAGGACCUUGGUUGUGUAAGAACUUAGGAAUUAAUUUUUAUUCUAUUCUUACAUGGGAUAAAUCAACAGUAAAAAUGUAAGGGGAAAAAAAAAAAAAAAAUCGGUAUGUAUUGGGAAAACACUGAAAUGUUUAAAGUUAUAAUUAAGAAUAUACUUAGUCACUUUUAAUACAGAGCUGAAACUAUCUGUUUUUAGGAUUUAAAAAAAUAAAAAAAUAAUAUGGCCUUGGUGGAAAAAGUUUGGACACCCUUGAACUCAGUGUAAGUAUCGAUAUUUUAAAUUGAGCAUCGAUAUUCGAGCAAAAAUGUGGUAUUCGUUGGUAUCGAUAUUUCAGUAUCGAUCCGCACACCCCAUUAGCCUUUGACCACUGGGUGUCAUCCAAGCAACAAAAAUACGAGCGGAAACCAAGGCAAGACUGCAUGACUCAACACCAGGACCUCGGUUGUGUAAGAACUUAGGAAUGAUCUCUUUCAAGAACGAGACCUUAGGGCAUAAAAAAAACCCCGAGCUGUAACGAGAGAAUGUGUAAGAUGGAGGGCGGGCAACGGGGCAGCGUGCGGUCCGAACAUGGCCGUCUUUCGGAGCAUUGAGUCCGACCCCCUUUCCGCCCCCCCGCCCCGCACCAAUGUAUGGAAGCACUGCGGCACGUUGCGCACACUAGCGGGCUGCGUUGGAAGGGAGAGCGGAAGACUGGCGAGAGGGAGGGGAGGUGGGCUUCCUUCUAGAACACGCCGCCAGAGAGCACACUCCGGAGGCAGGAAGAGGGCAAAACAACCGGGACAUUGCGGACUAACAUGGGCGGGAAGCAGCGCUCCUGAGCGGCUCCACUCGGCGUCAACCUCCGCUUGAUCUUGUGGGGAAACGUGUCGGGGGCUUCGUCGUCUUGCUUGGGGAUGUUGUGGCGCCAGAACAAGCGGCCAUCGCUGUAGAGAAGACACAAGAAGAAGACCAUUCCUUUAUGGACAUUUGGCAGCCAUUUAUUGCGCUUCUUUAAUUGGCUCGUUAUGGCGACAAAUUGCAUCGAGCGCUUUUAAUCGCAACAAGCGAGCACGUUACAACAUUUGACCCGCGCAAAGUCAACUAUAUUACGGUGUUCGUCGACAUUGUUGGCACAAAGGCCGCUUUUUAACAAAGCGAGGCCUCCUCCUUCUCCUCCGGUGCAGCGGGAAGACGAAGAGCAGAAGAGCCGUCUUUUUAAAUGUUAAUGUCGACCGACGUUGCAUCCGUCAUGCUGCCCGUGUCACGCGGACUCAUGGAGCGGGAGAGGGAGCUGGACACCCUGGCCGGGGUGCACCCUGGCGCGGGCGGAGCUGCGGCGUCCGUGCGGGGAAUGAAGCGAGGAGACCCGGAGCCGGAUGGGCAGACGGCGGUGGCGCUGGUGGACUCCGUCGGGGCGGAGUGCAAGCGUCCCCGCAUGGACGGCUCCGGGGGAAUCGGCGAGGUUGGACAGAACGACCCGCUGAACCUUGGUUACCAUGGAUACCCAUCUCACAGUCAGGGCUCUCAGGAUGCUACUUCUGGUCAAGAGGGUCUUGUACCUCCACCCUUCUCCACCUUCCCCCCACCGCCACCGCCGCCCCCACAGAACGGCCUUGCGCUGGACUACGCCGCCAGCCUGUACGCGGCGGGUGCGGUCCAGGGUCCUGUGGAGGCCGGCGGACCAGCCAUCAGCAUCGCCAACGCUGGACAGCAGUCCGAUGUCUCCUCCCAGCUCGAUGGCCAGUCGGGCCCUGGAGGCGGUGGCGGCGGCGGGAGCAUCGGUGAUGAUUCAGACGCCAAGGGGGCCCCCAAGCGCCUCCACGUGUCCAACAUUCCCUUCCGCUUCCGAGACCCCGACCUGCGGCAGAUGUUUGGGCAAUUUGGCAAAAUCCUGGACGUGGAGAUCAUUUUCAACGAGAGGGGCUCCAAGGGCUUUGGUUUUGUGACGUUCGAGACCAGUGCAGAAGCGGAGGGUGCCAGGGAGAAGCUUCACGGUACUCUGGUGGAAGGACGUAAGAUCGAGGUCAACAAUGCCACAGCCCGAGUGAUGACCAACAAGAAGAUGACAACUCCGUACGCCAAUGGAGAAGGCCUGGCAGCUCUACCAUACGCCGGCUGGAAGCUGAGCCCGGUGAUGGGAGCCAUGUACAGCCCUGAGCUCUACACAGUUCCAGGGUUCCCAUACCCCACCACAGCUGCGGCCGCCACCACGGCGGCGGCAGCAGCGGCCGCCACCUUCCGCGGCGCUCACCUGCGGGGUCGCGCACGGCCCGUCUACAGUGCAGUCAGGGCAGCUGUGCCACAAGCUGCCAUCCCCACCUACCCUGGCGUGAUGGCCUAUCAGGAUGGUUUUUACGGCGCGGCUGAUCUUUACGGCGGCUACGCAGCGUACCGUUACGCCCAGCCCACUGCGGUAGCCACGCCUGCGGCUGCGGCAGCAGCAGCAGCAGCAGCUUACAGCGACAGCUACGGCAGAGUCUACACUGCUGACCCAUACCACGCUGCUCUCACCCCAGCAGCCUACGGUGUUGGCGCCAUGGCGGCGCUGUACAGAGGAGGCUACAGUAGAUUCACCCCCUACUAGAGACACUACACAAGCUCUUCCAGGCCGUGUGAGAGUUGUUGUGGAGGUGGACUACACCCAGACAGGUCCCAUGUUUCUGAAGUAGAGGAAUGCUUUAAGACUGAUGAUGACAUUACAUUCAAAAGGUAAAAAAAUAAAUAAAAUGCACGGCUGUAUUAUAGUCCCCCCCCCCCAGCACAAGACUGCAGAUGGAGCCCAGAUGUUCUUCCAAAGGCCCUUUUUGUUGACCUUCUAACCAUCUGAGUGACGUGCACGUUCAAGCCAGCUAGAAAAGUGCGCCUUCAAAGGGGGAAGAAAAAAGAAAAAACCCACUGAUGGAUUGGUCCUGAGUGGAUGUGGGAGGAAGGCUCCACUCCCACUGUGCUCCUGGAGAGUGAACAGGUCCAGGGAGGUAACCUCCGCUCCUCUUAGCAGACCUCCUAAAUUGCUCUUAUGCAAAUUCAUUAGCUUAGAGGCAAAUUUCUAAUGGCUGUAAUUAUUCUCCCUUUUUCAUUCCUGAAAACAUUUACUUUGUUUGUUUGUUUGCCGUCCGCUAGUCUUCAUUUAGGAAGAACUGCUGCAAACUAAACACUUUCUUCAAAAUACUGUAUUUCCUCUUUUAGUGGCUUUUGUUUACUUCGCUGCCCACAAAAGGCCUGGCAAAAAAUCCAUUUUUCUUUCCUAUUUUAACAAAAAAAUCAUUUUAUUAAUCCGUCCUGUGCUCAGACUGAUCAUGUUGUUGAUGGACUCGAGGCCCCACACCUCAUUUCAUGUGGCCUGGGAAUAAUCACAUCUUUUUCAUGGUCAGAUUACCGUAUUUUCCAGACUACAAAGCAUACUAGUACCGUAUUUUUCGGAGUAUAAGUCGCACCGGAGUAUAAGUCGCACCGGCUGAAAAUGCAUAAUAAAGAAGGAAAAAAACAUAUAUAAGUCGCACUGGAGUAUAAGGCGUAUUUUUUUGGGAUAUUUAUUUGAUAAAACUAGAGAUGUCCGAUAUUAUCGGCCAAUAAAUGCUUUAAAUGUAAUAUCGGAAAUUAUCGGUAUCGUUUUUUUUUUUAUCGGUAUCAUUUUUUUGUAUUAUUUUUUUUUUAAUUAUUGAAUCAACAUAAAAAACACAAGAUACUUACAAUUAGUGCACCAACCCAAACAACCUCCCUCCCCAUUUACACUCAUUCACACAAAAGGGUUGUUUCUUUCUGUUAUUAAUAUUCUGGUAGGUUCCUACAUGAUAUAUCAAUAAGUAUCAAUACAGUGUGCAGGGAUACAGUCCGUAAGCACACAUGAUUGUGCGUGCUGCUGCUCCACUAAUAGUACUAACCUUUAACACUUCAUUUGACUCAUUUUCAUUAAAUUACUAGUUUUUAUGUAACUGUUUUUAUAUUGUUUUACUUUCUUUUUUAUUCAAGAAAAUGUUUUUAAUUUAUUUAUCUUAUUUUUAUUUUUUUAAAAGGACCUUAUCUUCACCAUACCUGGUUGUCCAAAUGAGGCAUAAUAAUGUGUUAAUUCCACGACUGUAUAUAUCGGUAUCGGUUGAUAUCGGUAUCGGUAAUUUAAGAGUUGGACAAUAUCGGAUAUCGGCAAAAAGCCAUUAUCGGACAUCCCUACUAAAUAAUAUUAUUUGAUAUUUUACGGUAAUGUGUUAAUAAUUUCACACAUAAGUCGCUCCUGAGUAUAAGUCGCACUAAACUAUGAAAAAAACUGUGACUUAUAGUCCGAAAAAUACGGUAAUAUUAUUAAAACCUCUUAAGAAACCUUCUUUUAUUGCUGCUAAUUGCUCCCAAACCUGACUUAUUGUGCAUUUCCCAGAGCUACAAAUAGAAUUACUGUAUUUUCCCGACUAUAAAGCGCUCAGAUAUAUAAGCCUCACCGACUAAACUUAAGGAAAAAGAAACCUUUUUCCAUAUAUAAGUCGCACCGGACUAUAAGUGGCAGAUACCGUAUUUUUCAGAGUAUAAGUUGCUCCGGAGUAUAAGUCGCACCGGCCGAAAAUGCACAAUAAAGAAGGAAAAAAACAUAUAUAAGUCGCACCGGAGUAUAAGUCGCAUUUUCUGGGGAAAUGUAUUUGAUAAAAGCCAACAGCAAGAAUAGACAUUUGAAAGGCAAUUUAAAAUAAAUCAAGAAUAGUGAACAACAGGCUGAAUAAGUGUACGUUAUAUGAGGCAUAAAUAACCAACUGGUAUGUUAACGUAACAUAUUAUGGUAAGAGUCAUUCAAAUAACUAUAACAUAUAGAACAUGCUAUACGUUUACCAAACAAUCUGUCACUCCUAAUCGCUAAAUCCCAUGAAAUCUUAUACGUCUAGUCUCUUACGUGAAUGAGAUCAAUAAUAUUAUUUGAUGUGUUAAUCAUUUCACACAUAAGUCGCUCCUGAGUUUAAGUCGCACCCCUGGCCAAACUAUGAAAAAAACUGCGACUUAUAGUCCGAAAAAUACGGUAUAUAAAACGCACCCACUAAAUUUGAGAAGAAAUAAAUAUUUGUCCAUAUAUAAGUCGCACCGGACUAUAAGUGUCAGAUAUAUAUGUUGUGAAAUGAGUUAUUUACACAGAAAUAUUCUGUAAAUGUUUAUUUACUUGCCUUAAUUGUUUCCAAACGGUGUUUGUAACAGGGCAGUAAAACGAAAGAUCAAACAAAACAGAAGUCAUGGAACCACUAGCUGCGCAAGCUAGCUCUCCAAUCAGCUAAACAGACUCAACGUUUUGGUGAAUUUACUGAGGAAUUUGUGAAAGUGAAACCGUACAAAAAGAAUGUAAGUUAAUAACACUAACACAGACACUUGUAAACGUGUUAGCAUAUUAGCUAAUGCUAACGACGCUAGCUUGAUUGCAUUACGAUAGCACGUACUCCUACAGACAUCACACAUGGGACGCUUUAGUAAGUAAGAAUCGUUUUAGUUAUAUUGUAAAACUUACCAACGUUCGUAGUGAUGAAUGAAAAAUCCGUACGAGUAGAAACGCUAUGGACGAUUUUACUUUCGGUUUAAGGCAUCAAAACAGAGUUUAUCUUUAACCCGCAACACCUGAAUCUGUCCAAAAGAUGGCGCCAGAGCACAAACAAUUUCAGCGUCUCUGCUUGUGUUUGAUGAAAAUCAUUGAACACAAAACAUUAUGGCCGAAAAACAUCCAUAAAUUAGCUGCACCAUUUUAUUGAAAAGCGUUAAUAAAAGUAGCACAUUUUUGUCUGGAAUUUAUGGUAAUUCAUCUAUCAAGCACUUUCUUUCUACUAAACUAGCUUAGCUAUUAUCAUGCCUGCUAGCUUGCGCUCAGUGUGUAACAUGUUUGGCCCUCCAGUGAUAAUAAUACUUUAUAAUGGUACUUAACGCAGUUUGCCAUAAUGAAUGUGAUUAUUAUUAACUUGGGGGAGCGGCUCCACACUGUGUAUUGGCUGCUAGUUGCUUGACUCCAAAUAAAUGCAGCAUUUUAAUUUGUAGUAUCGUGUAAACUGGAGCUUUACAGAUGCCACCUGAGGCGUUAGGACAUUAGAGUGGAUGUUUAUUUGGCACCUGGCGUCUAUUUAAGUGGGGCCACUAUUGGAGGAGAUACAGUAUGUAUAGUUCUGCUAAUUGCAGAAGAUCUUUUGCGUCUGUGAUCCAACACGACGUGAGUACAAUCACCACAACAACACUACACGCUGACGACACUACUUUUCAACUAUUGUCGACGUUUAGAUGAUUUAUUUCCCCCCCGACGCUCCGUCUUUCGCGAGCGAGUCCAACUAACGUCGAAGUCUUCCUGGGAGAGAAACAUAGAUCAUUGUUUGACAUGCAAACACAUUACUUACUCUUGUGCACAUUUCUAUACUCUUUUAUUCUAUAUUUACAAAUGUGGCUUUUUUUUUUUUGGCUUUUGUUUUUGUUCCAAAGAUUUGUAGAAAGCACAUUUUUCGGAUUAUAUGUAUAAAUAUAUUAUCUCGUUUAUGUCAUAAUCCUAUUGCUGUCUUGAUUUACUUUGUUUUAUAUAUAUACAUAUGUUUAUAUAUAUAUAUAUGUAUAUAUAUAUAGAUACAUAUGCAAGUGUUGUUCUUUCUAAGGAGUUAGUUUUUGAAUGAGUACCAUUUGGAGUAAAUGCUAAGUGCUAGCGAGAGGCUAGCACUUAGCAUGUGACACUAGCAGACUGUUUAUGUUUGUUUAGCAUGGCAAGAGAUUUUAGUCCUUCUAUUUUCAGCCUCCAGAGCGGGGGUCUCAAACUUGCGGCCCGGGGGCCGUAUUUAGUGGCCCUCUACUUAACUUCAUAGUCCAGUGCAAAGGUGUCAAACUCGAGGCCCGGGGGGGCCAAAACUGAUCUACCACACUUUAUUUUAUAUAACUUUACUAUCCAUCCCUCUAUUGACAGAAAAAAUAAAUGUAUAUAAAUAUAUGUGUAUGUAUAUACAGUAUAUAUAUGUAUGUA